CUCAAGUGUAGCUACAGCUUUCUCGUCGAGUACCUCUCUGCUUGAGCACACAAUGCUACAGUCCCUUCACCAGUCUGGUUGACUCCGCGAAGAGACCACGUCCUCGAGAGAUCCUGAUCAAGAAAUGAAACAAGAUGGGCGAGUUCCUUAGCAGACUCCUGGAAGAAUUUGGAGGGGACAAGGACAAGCACCAGGCUGCCUACACGGUCCGAGUGAAGACCGGCGACUGCCGCAAUGCCGGAACGGACGCCAACAUCUACAUCGCGCUUCAUAGUAAAGACGAUGAAAGGACCAAAAAUGUGAAACUUACUGGAAGCUUUUGGCAGGAUCACUUCGAAAGAGGGGACUUCAACACCUUCAAACCCAAGGAACUUGCGGAUAAAGGCCCUGUCUUGAAACUUGAAGUAUGGAGAGACCUGUCGGGCUUCAACGAUUCUUGGUAUGUCGAUGUCAUCGAAGUCGAGCGUCACUCAACGACCACAAAGUACAUAUUCCCGGUCAACCGAUGGGUGGUCGACAAGCCUCGUCUUCAGUUAGUUGAAUGGGAUAGUCGAUUGCCGCAGGACGACGAAAGUCGGAAAGAACAACGAUUAGCCGAACUCGAGGCUAUGAAGAAGAAGUAUGAUUUUGUCUGGAGAUUCGAGGGCGUAAUGCCACAGGCCCGUGAUGUGCCGAUGGAGGAAAUGAUUACAUAUGGAUACGAGUGGGACCUGACAAAGCAGAGUUUGGCUCUGAGCUUACAAGGCGUCAUCACACGAGUGAGGGCGACAUUUUGGAAUUCUUUGGAUGACAUGAAAAGUAUCUACGGUGGAGACCUACCGCCUCCAACGUGUCUUUCGCGAUGGCGGAAGGAUACAACAUUUGGUAUGCAGAGGUUAGUUGGUUGUAACCCAACGCAGAUCCGACUUUGCAAGAAGAUUCCGCUGAAACUCCCAGUGACUGACGACCUGCUGAAACCCUUCUUAGAAGGGAUGUCAAUUGGAAAAGCAAUCCGGAAGAAACGACUGUUCGUCAUAGACUAUGAGAUAAUGAAAGAAAUGCCCUUACGGCAGGGAGGAGAGGCACCAGCUCCAAUAGCCCUGUUCUUCGUCAACAAGGACAAGGACCUGGUUCCCGUCGCAAUACAACUCUUCCAGGAACCGAAUGAGAACAAUCCGAUCUUCGUUCCAAGUGACCCCGAGUACACGUGGAUGUUAGCCAAGAUGUGGUUCAAUCUCGCCGAUGCUUCCUACCACCAAUCAAUCUGCCGCAUGGGAAUGUCUCAUCUCCUCAUGGAAACCAUUGCCGUGGCAACGCAUCGGUGUCUGUCCCCGUCGCAUCCACUCAACCGUCUCCUCACACCCCACUUCCGGUUCCUCUUAGGAAUUAACCAUGUUGGUUACGACACCUUGUUCGGAGAAGACGGUUGGAUCGAAGAGACCUUGCUGAUCGGUCGUAAAGGGAUGAUGGAGUUGAUUCGUCGAGUCUGGAAGGACUGGAAUAUCUCGAAGGAUGGACACAUGGUUCAUGACCUCGAGGACAGGGGCGUCAAUGACCCAGAAGUACUACCCAACUACCAUUACCGAGAUGAUGGUACCCUGAUUUAUGAAGCAAUUGAGGAAUACGUCAGAACGGUCGUCAACGGAUACUAUGGUCACGCAAAAAAGAUCAAAGCUGACCCGGAAGUACUUGAAUGGGGAAGAACCCUGGCAACCGAACCUUCUGCAGCAUCUCCGCAUACAUGUGGGAUCAAGGGCAUACCCAGUGAUGGCAAGUUUCGAAAUGGUCAGCAACUGACGGAGCUUCUCACCAACAUCAUCUACAUAUGUAGCGCUGGCCAUGCAGCGGUUACCUUCACGCAGUAUGAUGAGUACGGCUUCGUACCCUCCUACCCAGGGUGUCUCAGGGGAACUCCACCUAAAGAUAAGGGCGUUAGAACAGAGAACGAUGUGCUGGAAACUCUUCCUCCCAAAGACUGGACCAUUCGAGCUAUGGUGAUGUCUAGAAUCUUGAGCAGGAGAGACACCAAAGCUCUGGGGGACUUUGAGGUGCAGUACAUGUACGACCCCAUCGGCAAGAAAGCCAUCGAGACAUUGCAUGAGGAAUUGAAAGCAGUCACUGCAGAGAUUGAUAAACGGAACAAGGAUCGUGUUCAGCCAUACCUCAUCCUUCAUCCAAGUUGCAUCCCUAAUUCUAUUGCCAUCUAAAGGGCAUGUUUCACAAUUAUGUGAGACGGGAAAACAAUCCAAUUGAUUGCGAACUUCUGUUGCCAUUUUACGAUUGAUAAAACAAUAUUAGCUGUAGAAUCAGUCAUCAGUCAGUCAUCAAAUGCAAUUUUGCAAGGCAUGGUUGGUUCAAAGACCCAAAACAAAAUUCGCAAUUAUUCAUAGGUGUUGGAAUGCCUCAUAGGAGUUUCCACAAAGAGAAAGUGU